AUGGAUGCAUGUUUUACUGCAUUUGAUAAAAAUGGAGAUGGAUAUUUAUCUAUCACAGAAUUUGAAUUCAUUUGUCGUGCGUUAUUUCGCAACGAUCGUGGAAAAGUUUACAACAUUGAAGAAAGCCAGUUGAGGGAAAUAUAUUCUAUAUUUGACUUAAAUGGAGAUGGAAAAAUUGAUAGAGAGGAAUUUGAGAUUUGUUGGAAUCGUUGGAUUAAAAUAUGCACACGUCCAAAGAGUGCUUUUUUAAUUGUGGAUGUGCAGAAUGAUUUCAUAACAGGUUCCUUAAAUAUCAAACAAUGUGCUGCUCAGCAUGAUGGUUCAGAAGUAAUUGAACCAAUUAAUCGUUUAUUGGAAACUGUACAAUUUGAUGCUGUAUUCUAUUCUCUUGAUUGGCAUCCCAUGAAUCAUGUAUCCUUUAUUGAUAAUUUACAUCUUAGGGAAGUUGAUUCUAGUAGCGGAAUCUCCAAAGAAGCCGCACAAGUUUACGACACUAUAACGUUUAGAGGUCCGCCAUUGCUAAAGCAACGUCUUUGGCCUCGUCAUUGCAUACAAGAUUCCUGGGGUGCUGAACUUCAUAAAGAUUUAAAAAUUGUAAACAAUGCAAUUAAGAUAUAUAAAGGAACUAAUCCAGAAGUAGACUCAUAUUCUGUUUUUUGGGAUAAUAAAAAAUUAAUGGAAACAAGUUUGUCCUCGCAAUUACAAGAGAAAGGCGCGACAGAUAUAUAUAUCUGCGGGUUAGCUUAUGAUGUUUGCGUUGGAGCUACUGCAGUAGAUGCACUUACAAAUGGUUAUCGAACUAUUCUCAUUGAUGAUUGUAGUCGAGGAGUAGAUCUUGUUGAUAUUGAAAAGACUAAAGCUACUGUUAUAGCUAAUAAUGGAGUAAUUGUAAAUUCAAGUCAAGUAAAUGCAAUGGUUGAAGGAAAAGAUCGUCGACCAGAACUUGGAUAUAAAUUAGCCUUAGAAAUUAAACGAAAAUUAAAUUUUAUUAAACAUCAUAGAUUGAAGAAUAUAAAUAUCAAUAAAAGUGCUUUUAUCGUGUUUAAUCAACAUACAUAA